GUAUGUUUUGCCAACUGUUCAACGCAGUGCAUCAAAACUUCUUGAUCAAGGAAUAUGUGCACUCCAGAGCAAGAAAUAUUAAAAAAUUUAACUUCUGCCAUCGACCUGUCAUUAUCUCAAGAUUGCUCUGCAUCUGAUAGACAAAAAGCUUAUACGUUUUGUGAAGACUUCAAGGCAAACUAUCCCGAUAGCACAUAUAUUGCUUUUUUACUUGCUUACAAUCAAAAUCAAGAUACACAUAGACACUUUGGGUGUCAACUAAUUGAGCAUACAGUUAAAUUUAAAUGGAAUAUUCUUUCUAUCGUGGAUAAAGUGGGAAUUAAAGAUAGGACGACAUGUCUAGUAUUACAAGGUCUUAAAAAUAUACAAGAUGAAAAGGAUUACAUCAAAGAUGCAGUUAGUAGAAUUAUUGUUGAAAUUAUAAAGAGGGAAUGGCCACAACAAUGGCCUUCUCUUAUGGACGAAUUAACUUCACUUUUGCAUUCUGGUCCUGUGCAGGCUCAAGUCGUUCUUCUUGUUUUGUUACGUUUAGCCGAAGAUGUUGUUGCUUUACAAACAGUUCAGAGUCAGAGACGCAAAGAUAUUCUUGCUGGACUAAAUUCUGAAAUGGAAAAUAUAUUCAAAUUUAUGUUAGCACCACUCCAAAAAUAUGUAGAAGUCUCGAGCAACAUUCCUAUUAAUUCUGAACAAGUUUAUGUUAAUACCCUAGUCGCUAGGACCACAUUGUCAACUUUAUCAGGAUAUGUUGACUGGGUUCCUGUAGAGAUUUUAUUACUACAAGACAAUUUGCUGCUGAAGCUACUGAUAAGUCUACUCAAAUCUGAUCUCAAAGUCAAAGCGGCCGAAGUUUUUCUCUUGAUAACUUCUCGAAAGGGAAGGACUGUCGAUAAAGAAGCACUAUUGUUUCUCUUUCGUGAAGAAUAUCUUCAAAAUAUUAUUGAUGCUGUUAUGUCUGUAGUGAAUAAGUGUAAUUUUGAAGAUUUCUUUUGCUUGAAAGUACUUUGUCAAUCUCUAACUGCAAUUGGUAUUAUCCUUUUAUCCUGCUGGAAAAAGGACAUUGAUGAGACUUAUCUUAUAAAAGAGUAUUUACCUUGUAUGCUGGGAUUUUCAACUCAUGAAAGUCGGGCGCUAUCUUCAUUAACUAUUCCUUUUUGGAGUGCAUUAUUAAAAGAGAGCAAAGCUCGGAAUAUAACCGAGCAAAUAUUUCAGCAAUUCGUUAAUGCUCUCUAUACAAAUCUGCGAAAAAUUGAUCAGGAGUUAAAUCCUUAUAGUUGCUUUGAUUUUGAUAACGAAAUUGAAUAUAUGCACUUUUUUAGUAAAUUUCGAAAUGAUGUCACUGAAUUGAUAAGAUUAGCUUCAUCACAUUGGCCUAGGGUUAUGUUUACUGCUGUUGUUGAAAUUUUAACAGCUAGAAUGUCUCAAGUUGUCAAUUAUGCAAAUGCCAAUGAAGUGAAUCUAGCUUCGGUAGAAUGGGAUACAACAUCGUGUUUUGUUGAUGCUGUUUGCUCGAAGCUGACUCAAUCAAAUGAAAUAGAUAUGCAUAAAAUUUUACAUAUAUUCAAACAGAUGUUGGCAUUCAAUGUUGUGGAAGCUAAUAUCCUUUCAUCUCUACUUUCUUGUAUAUCUGCUUUCAUUCCUUACUUACAAUACUGCCCAGACGUUGUAUUGCCUCUACUUGAUAAAACUUUCUCAGCAGCUGUCUAUAAAAUAGAUGGUCAAACAAAAUCAACAAGAAGUAGGCCUGUAAAAAAUGUCAGAAGGCAUGCCUGUUCUUUGGUUGUGAAAAUGUGCAAACAAUCACCUCAUCUAUUUUUGCCACAUUUUAAUCAUCUUUAUGAUCACGUCAAGAGAGUGUGCGCUGAUCCAGACGAACUUUCUAAAAUGGAAAAAUGUGCCCUCACAGAAGCCAUGCUACUCUUAAGUAACGGAUUUGAAUCGUUUGAAAAACAACGUGACCUAAUUGGAGAAAUUCUUAAACCAGUUUACGAAUUUUGGAAUUCUCCUCAAUAUAAAGAAUUGAUUUAUAAUCCUGACAAAUUUAUGGACUCGAUUGGUUUAAGCAAACCAGCUGUUGAUCCUAGUACAGAAGAUAUUUAUGGUAUUUUAAGAUCACAAAUUAUUCAUAGUCUCUUUACAAUUUUUGCCGUUGUUAGAAGGGUAACAAUUCCAGCUGAUACUAACGUAGCUGUAAAAUGUGGAUAUGCUACUGUUGUAAAUGGGAAACAGUAUUUACAGAAUCCGGCUUGCGACCAUGUGAAACCAUUAUUAGAAAAUAUUAUCGGCUUACAAAAAAUAUACUAUCAACUCUGGCAACCAGAAUAUAUCAAGCGUCGUCAUCCUGAUUUCUCAAAAGUAUUCCUUUUAAGUGAAAGUAGACAUGUUUAUUUAUCUACAAAUGAAUCCCACAAUGAAAAAAAUCCCCAAGAUCGUAUGCAAAACUUCCUUAAGACUAUUCAUGAUUACAGUAAUCAUAUUUUGGGACAUUACGGAAUAUGCUUAGGUCGUAAUUUGUAUAAUAUUCAAGGACUAUCAGAAGUGCUUGUAUCAUGUUUGUUUCCUGGACUAAAUUUAGUCACCGAUUGUCAUGUUCGAAGUGUUAUAAGAACUUUUCUAAAGCCUUAUUUCUUGAAUUGUCCAAAAGAGUAUUGGUCAGAGAAUGUUUUACAUAUGCUUUCAAAAUUUUGUCCUUUCAUGUAUAGCAGAUUGGAAGUUAGAUGGCAGAGGAUUGAUGAUUAUUCGGAGGCAAUCAGUGAAUGCGAGACAAAUACUGAAAGUGAAGAAGUACUUGAGGAUCAAUUAUUACGUUUAUUGACUAGGGAAUAUUUGGAUUUGUUAAUUGUAUUAUGUUUUUCAAAAAAAUUAGCCUCAAAUACUGAGACAGAAAGUAAAGAAAUGGUAAUGGAUGAAACUGAAGCAAUAAAUACAUCAAAUUCGUCAAAUGAUUUAACUGAAUGUGGAUUGACAAUAUGCUCAAAAGAGGAUUUAUUUCAAUGUCUUGUUGUUACCAUAUUUACAAUUAUGGUUAAGAAUGACUCAUCAUCUUGCGCUAAAUGUGUUAAUUUAGCCCAAGCUUUUAGACCUCAUCAUCCUCAAUUAGUUGAAGUAAUGAAACAAAUACCAAAUAUUUCAAAUGAAGCCUUACUAAACUAUGAGAAACAUACUAUGAAUAGUUCUCUAACCGAUAAGAAGAAAAGAAAUGCAUUUAAAGUACUAAUAAAUGGUGCUAUAGGGCAUCAUAUUAGUGAAGAAUAUAAAUUGAAAAUCCGCAUUGAAGAUUUACCCAGACUUGUUGCAAGGAAUAUGAAAGUUUCUAACACUGAAGAUAUAUCUAAUCUAGGACUUUGUGAAUUGUUUUCAAAUAAGUAA